UUCUUCAGUCCAAAAAGUAAGCUGCGAGAACUGCGCCUGAAAUUCCUUUCAGCACCACUGCUCAAUGGACAGCAUUUCAGUAAGCAGAGUCAAUGGGCAGUUUUUCUGUGGAGAGCAUACGGGAUUUGUGGCUUUUGUUUUGUGUUCCUAACACAUGUGACAAUUGGAUCAGCGAAAAUCAAAACGAGCAUCGUUUGGAAACAUUAAUCUGCAAUCCUUUGCUACCGAUUUGUCCACCACUAGGCUGAACAUCUGCGUUUGAUCCGCACACCUGUUUUGGACUCGAGUUUCAAACCACGGCAGUGUCCUGGGAAGAGCGUUGAGUGUGUAGCCUACUACUAAGAUUGAAACAAAGACUUCAAUAAAAUAGAUUACAUUUAGACCAAAUGACUUCAGAUUCACUCUGAAGAAAAGGUUUGUUUCGUCGUUUAAAGGAUUGUUGAGGAGCCAACGGAUGCCAUGCAAGGCUGCUCGGGCUGACUCGGUCAUUUCUGCCUGCUCCAGGGGUUGAGAGAAGCUACACACAGUCCUCACGGCUGGGAGGGGGAGGAGAGGAUUAUUUCCCACCUUUGUUCUUCCUAAUGCCUCCUGAGAUGGCUCUCCACAGACCUUUGUCUGCCUCACACAACACUGUUUAGUAGCUGCACACCGUCUCCUCUCAACAACAACCAAGAAGAACAGAUAGACAUAGAGGGAAAACUAAUUAGUAUUACUGAAGUCAGAGCUGAGACAGAAGAGACUUCUGAGGACUUCUGUGCUCUAAAGACCAUUGUGGUUAACCUUGAGAACAUUUUUUUUUUUUUUGGUUUUCAAAGGCAUCAACUUACUUGAAUGUGAGUUCAGCCUUCCACUAUGACUCAAGGAAGUUGUGGGAAUACAUGGGCUGGUUCUCACAGAAGAGGGCCCUAUUGGCGGCUGUUUCUGGUGUGCUGGAUCAUGGUGGCCUCAGCUGCCAAGCCCAAAAUACCAGGGCACACACACCUCAACUCCAUCCGCAUAGAUGGAGACAUUUCUCUGGGUGGUCUGUUCCCAGUGCAUGCCAGGGGCAACGAUGGCAAGGCCUGUGGGGAGCUGAAGAAGGAGAAAGGCAUCCACAGACUGGAGGCCAUGCUCUUUGCCUUGGAUCGCAUUAACAAUGACCACGAGCUGCUACCCAACAUCACCCUGGGAGCCCGAAUCCUGGACACCUGCUCCAGAGACACCCAUGCCCUGGAGCAGUCGCUCACCUUCGUCCAGGCUCUCAUUGAGAAGGACGGGACAGACAUCAAGUGUCUGAGUGGAGGACCACCCAUCAUCACCAAGCCUGAGAGGGUGGUGGGUGUUAUUGGGGCAUCUGCCAGCUCGGUGUCCAUCAUGGUGGCCAACAUCCUGCGCCUCUUCAGGAUCCCUCAGGUGAGCUAUGCCUCCACUGCUCCCGAGCUGAGUGAUAACACACGCUACGACUUCUUCUCCAGAGUGGUGCCCCCAGACACCUACCAGGCCCAGGCCAUGGUGGACAUUGUCAAAGCCAUGCACUGGAACUACGUCUCCACCGUGGCAUCCGAGGGCAACUAUGGAGAGAGUGGUGUUGAUGCAUUCAUUCAGAAGUGUCGCGAAGACGGAGAUCUAUGUAUUGCUCAGUCCAUGAAGAUACCACGGGAACCUAAGCCAGGAGAAUUUGACAAGAUUGUUCGCAGAUUGAGAGAGAACCCAAAUGCCAGGGUUGUUAUUCUCUUUGCCAAUGAGGAUGACAUCAGACGGCUUCUUCAGGCAGCUAAGAAGGCCAACCAGACAGGCCACUUUCUGUGGGUGGGUUCAGACAGCUGGGGUUCCAAGAUCUCACCAAUCCUGAACCAGGAAGAGAUGGCUGAGGGGGCUGUCACAAUCCUCCCCAAACGACAGUCCAUACGAGGAUUUGAUCGCUACUUCAUCAGCCGAACUUUGGACAACAACAGGAGGAAUAUCUGGUUUGCAGAAUUUUGGGAGAACAACUUUCAGUGCAAACUCAGCCGUCAUGCUUUGAAGAAAGGUUCUGGUAUUAAGAAAUGCACAAACCACGAGCGAAUUGGAAAAGAUUCAUCCUACGAGCAGGAGGGGAAAGUUCAGUUUGUCGUAGAUGCAGUCUACGCUAUGGCUCAUGCUCUACACAACAUGCACAAAGAGCUCUGUCCUGGUAAAGUCGGCCUUUGCUCCAAGAUGGACACCAUCAAUGGAACUACACUGCUCAAAUUCAUCCGCAAAGUCAACUUCAUAGGUAUUGCUGGCACUCCUGUGGUCUUCAACGAAAACGGGGAUGCCCCUGGCCGCUAUGAGAUCUACCAGUACCAAAUUAACAAUGAUACCAGAGAGUACAGGAUUAUAGGCAAUUGGACUGACCAGCUCCAUUUAGAUACAAAUGAGAUGCGGUGGCCUGGUGGAACUCCCCAGGUUCCAUCCUCCAUUUGCAGCCAACCUUGUCGUCCAGGGGAGAGGAAGAAGACAGUGAAGGGCAUCCCGUGCUGCUGGCACUGUGAACGCUGUGAUGGCUACCAAUACCAAGCCGACACCUAUACAUGCAAGAUGUGUCGCUUUGAUCUGAGGCCCAAUGAGAACCAUACCGCUUGCCAGCCCAUUCCCAUUGUCAAGCUAGAGUGGAAUUCUCCCUGGGCAGUCAUUCCUGUCCUCAUUGCCAUUCUGGGCAUCAUGGCUACUUUGUUUGUGGUGGUGACAUUCAUCCGAUAUAACGACACGCCCAUUGUGAAGGCGUCAGGCCGUGAACUAAGCUAUGUGCUGCUGACAGGUAUCUUCCUGUGCUAUGCUACUACAUUCCUCAUGAUCUCUGCUCCUGACGUGGGCAUCUGCUCCCUCAGGCGUAUCUUCCUGGGCCUGGGCAUGAGCAUCAGCUACGCAGCACUGCUCACCAAGACCAACCGCAUCUACCGCAUCUUUGAGCAGGGCAAGAUGUCUGUCAGUGCCCCCAGGUUCAUCUCCCCAGCUUCCCAGCUGGUCAUCACCUUCAGCUUAAUCUCAGUGCAGCUGCUAGGGGUGUGCAUCUGGUUCGGUAUGGACCCAUCCCAGGCCAUCAUUGACUAUGAGGACCAGCGCGCAGCCAACCCAGAUAUGGCCCACGGUGUGCUCAAGUGUGACAUCUCAGACUUGUCCCUGAUCUGCCUUCUUGGCUACAGCAUGCUGCUCAUGGUCACCUGUACAGUCUACGCUAUUAAGACCAGAGGAGUGCCGGAGACCUUCAACGAGGCCAAGCCCAUCGGCUUCACCAUGUACACCACCUGCAUUGUUUGGCUGGCCUUCAUCCCCAUCUUCUUUGGGACGUCACAGUCGACAGAGAAGAUGUACAUCCAGACCACCACGCUGACCAUCUCUGUGAGUCUGAGUGCCUCUGUGUCGCUGGGGAUGCUCUACAUGCCCAAGGUCUACGUGGUCCUUUUUCACCCUGAACAGAACGUGCCCAAGCGCAAACGCAGCCUCAAGGCAGUGGUCACCGCAGCAACCAUGUCUAACAAGUUCAACCCCAAGGGCGGCCUCAGGCCCAACGGAGAGGCCAAGUCUGAACUAUGUGAAAGCCUAGAGACACAAGCUUUGGCUUCCAAGCAGACGUACAUCAGUUACAGUAACCACGCCACCUAAAAAAGAAUACAGUUCCGUUUCAAGCUGAACAAGGACCUGCCUGUGGAAUGAACCCCAGAACUGGAACACACAUGAAAAAGGAAAAAAGAAAAUGUGAAAAAGAAUAAUCACUACAAAUACAGAAUGGAUGUCAACUUCAUGAGGACCAGUCAAGGUUUAAAUACCACACACAACUAGAAGGGCAGUUUCGUUUGGGGAUGGGGAGGUGGAGGGUGUCAGGGAGAUGUGACAGUGAAGUUUCCUCCUCCCUAUCCCCUCCCUCCUUGAAAACACCAGAGAUGACAAGCAGUAACAUUUCCAAAUUAAGACUGGGAGAGUGACGGAGAAACAGUUUUCCUUCUGGAGUGUCUUUUGUUAUGUUCUCUCUCACGCCCACUUGAACCUUUUCUGUAAUAGUGACUUAAUAUAUUUUUCCUCAGUCUACAAUUAUUUGAAGUCUGGUGAUAACAAAAGGCUGGUAAAAUGUAGCCAUUUUGCUUUAAACAUUGCAAAACUAACUGGAAAUGUUAUUUUUUUAUUAUUCUAUUGUUACUGUGUGGGAUGUUUGUUGAAUUUAAAGUAAACCUUGUAUUGUCAUUCAGUUUACAAAACAAAGAUGCUGUCAGUUUGGUCAUGUUGACACUGGUUUAUGCAACACUAUGACCUUUGGUAUGCCUUAUCAUUCAAUGCUACAGCAUGGAUUAAAUACUGUACAUUAUUUCUACAGUCGACUUCAGGAGGUAUGGGAAAUCCAAGCAAACAGUUGGUACUACCUGUACUCAAGUAGUCUGUAAUAAUGACAAUCCCAUCCAAUGUUAUCUAAGCAGUCCUUGUGUCCACUGUCCAGUCCUUGAGCAUGCCCACAGGAGCAUCAUGUGUACUGUGCUGUGUUGUCAACGUCUAUGGAAUGCGACAUCUGUGAGGAUCAUAGUUUAAAUAAAUGGUUUCAGUGACAUAAUUUUGGGGUACCAGUGAGUGAACAAAGGGUUUGAAUACCCCAUACCUUGAAACAGUAUGUGCUCAUCGGACCUAGCAUCAGUAAAUGUCAGCCAAGCCAGACUUGUCCCUGGCUGCAACAUUGUUGAUCAUGAUGAUAAACAUAUAUUUUUCUGUUGAAUUGACUAUGGUUCCAUUAGCGGUGAUGUGGGUUGGUUCAUUCUGGAGGCUUCUUCAGUUCAGUGUGUUUCUCCUCUCUUCACAACCAUUCAUAUUGUGCUUCUUUAAAAGAUCAUUGUAUAAGAUCCAGAAGGAAAACUAUGGAAGAAGAAGAUUAUAAACACCAUUUGUACCAGAAGACAAAGCCUGUGGUUGGAUUCAUGUCUCUCAGCUCUCAGCAUCAAUAAACAUUUCAGAUGUUGCAGAAAAAUUAAAUAGUGUUUUUUUUUCUUUAAUUGAUAAAGUAUUGUGGGAUUGUUUGUGUUUGUGAAUAUGAUGAUUUUAUGCUUUCUGCCUUUCCCCUCAUAAUUCCCCCCCCCCCCCCCCAACACUUUGUCUGUGUUGCAAAAUAGAGUAUGUAAGUGCUGACCGAAAUUAAAUGGCAAGUUAAUGUACGUUAUUAAAAAGUGAUUGAUCAUGCUUUAUGUAAUGACCUAUUAAAAAAGAAAGCUACAAAAUUACAGUGCCUGGAUAUUUAUGAAUUACAUAUAGAAAACCGGAAAAUGUGUAGAGCAUGUUCAUUUUUAU